AAAAACCUUUUAAUCCUUUCAUAAAAUCCAUAAAAAGCACUUUUAAUGUGUAACAUUAUAAAACAUUCGUGUUGUUACUGAGACAGAAGCGUAAAACACUAAAUGUUUGUUCCCACUGUGACGACGGCCAGGCGCGCGUGAGGCAAUGACGUCAUCCUUUGUGUUAAAACAAAAGGGUGCACUCGUUUAACUGCGGUGAUGUCCCAUAUGGGCGGGCGGGGUUUGAUGCGGUGCAACACCGGUGUUACGCAGAAUUCUGUUACCCGUCACAUCCCGUGACCUGAUGAUGAAUCUCAGCUGUGUUAUCGCAACAUAUGUUUGUUUUUAAAAAAAAUCACAAUUACACUUGUUCUUUUCUAGUGUUUAGAUAAGGUGGUGAUCCCGGAAGUCAUCAAACUAUCACGUCUGGUUCAGUGUUUGAUUCUGUUGCGUCGCAGAAUCUGACGGGUCACAGAAUUCGCUGUAACUCCUGUUCCAACCGACGAAGGGUGAAAACGGUCCGUCACGACAGCACAACAACGGCAAAUACAGCACAUUUCACGGUAACACCGCCACAACGAAGCACCGGGACUCUUCUGUGACAUUCCGUGAUUUAUUCCAGUGCUUAAAAGUAUUUUUGGUUAAACAGCCAAAGAGUUCGGAAGUAACGUUAAGUUAACUGACGUUAGCUUUAACCGUAGCUGUGUAGCCGGAUGCUAAUUUAAACCUCGACUGGGAAACUGUGAAGACUACGCAAUGUGUGAGCCAAGAUUUUGAUCAGUUUACCGGGAACUAAUCAUCUAUUGUCCAUAUUCCGGUAAUUUAAGAUAUUUUCCUCUUUCCCGCCGCCGGCCGGGCGGGGACUAUCUUGCUUGCUCCUACCGCCUAGCAGCGAUGCUAACAGGGGUGCGUCUGAUUCACGACCCGCUAAGCACCGGAGGACAACACAUUCAGACCCAGUUCAGGAGAAGUGUUACAGUGUAUUCUGUGACCCGUCAGAUUUACCCCAAAUACUCGUCUCUGUGAGGAUUUACCGUAAAGUAACACCGGGGAAGCUUUAAAUACUCACGGAAGUGCUCUGGGUGUUUCCAGCUGAUCUGCACAACAGAAGGAGCGGAGUCUCCCUCGGCAGCCCGACCGACCGACCCGCUCCUUUCUCCGGCUCCACGUCAGAGCGGACCGGUACCGGCCACCGGCAGCUCUGCAGCCAGGAUCUCAUCCGGGAUUAAUCUGAGGCGUCUGUUAGCUACCGUGAACCGGUGCCGUCGGUAGCUGUUAGCCCGGACUGUCAUGAUCCCAGCUCGGAGAUGGCGUCCUUCCCCGGUUUGUGUAAGGCUGUCGGGCCAGCGGAGGAGGAGAACGGAGAGCUGGACGGCUCUCUGCAGCAGAUGCUGAAGGCCAUCGCCGACGAGAGGAACCGACUCAACAUCCGACAGGAGAUCAGCGGACUCGGUUGUUUUAAGGAUGACCGCAUCGUGUUCUGGACCUGGAUGUUCUCCACGUAUUUCAUGGAGAAGUGGGCUCCUCGACAGGACGACAUGCUGUUCUACGUCCGCAGGAAGCUCGCCUACGUCAGCGCAGAAAACACCGAGGGCAAAAAGGUGGAGGUGGAGGUUUACAGGAGAGACUCCAAGAAGCUGCCCGGCCUCGGAGACCCAGACAUCGACUGGGAGGAGAGCGUCUACCUGAACCUCAUCCUGCAGAAGUUGGACUACGUGGUGACGUGUGCGGUCUGCACGCGCUCAGACGCAGGCGAUAUCCACAUCCACAAGAAGAAAUGUCAGGAAGUGUUUGCGUCUCCCAGCAAACACGCCAUGGACAGCAAAGGAGAGGAGUCCAAGAUGAGCUACCCGAACAUCUUCUUCAUGAUCGACAACUUUGAGGAGGUGUUCAGUGACAUGACGGUGGGCGAGGGGGAGAUGGUGUGUGUGGAGCUGGUGGCGAGCGACAAGAGCAACACCUUCCAGGGCGUCAUCUUCCAGGGCUCGAUCCGCUACGAGGCCCUCAAGAAGGUCUACGACAACCGGGUGAGUGUUGCUGCUAAGAUGGCCCAGCGGAUGUCUUUUGGCUUCUACAAGUACAACAACAUGGAGUUUGUGAGGAUGAAGGGUCCGCAGGGCAAAGGUCACGCUGAGAUGGCCGUCAGCAGGGUGCCGACAGGUGACACCUCGCCCUGUGGCACCGAGGAGGACCAGGUGUCACCCAUGCACGAGAGGGUGACGUCCUUCAGCACACCUCCGACUCCUGAGAGGAACCGUCCCUCCUUCUUCUCGCCGUCUCUGAGACGUAAAGUUCCCCGAAACCGAAUCGCAGAGAUGAAGAAGUCUCACUCGGCCAACGACAGCGAGGAGUUCUUCAGGGAGGAGGAAGACGAAGAUCUUCACACCACCACCAACCUCCGCUCUCGCUCUCUGUCGGGCACCGGCCGCUCUCUGGUCGGCUCCUGGCUCAAACUCAACCGGACCGACGACUACUUCCUGCUCUACUCACACCUGACCUACGUCACCCUGCCGCUGCACCGCAUCACCACAGACAUCCUGGAGGUGAGGCAGAAGCCCAUCCUGAUGACAUAGCAGAGCGGGACUCCCCUCAGAGCAUCACUACCAAGUGCCUCCUGCAUCAGGCCACUGAGACGACAGCAGCGCCCCCCGGUGUCCAGAGCGAGACCGACACCCAAACACCUGCUUCACCUGGAGACGAGUCGGAGGGACGACAACCAAACCAGCCAUUCGAGAAGUGCCUCCUCUUCUUUUCAGUUCCCGCUGUGUGCGAGGUCGUCUCCACGGAAACGGGCGUCGGGAUCACAUGACCUCGGUGUGAAAAGGCAUUGGCUGAACUCUGACCAGGAAGGAGAAGGAAGUGAAGAAUGUGUUUUCCUGUAAAUAUCCUGCUGCUUUACUCACUGAGACGCCUUGACUGAAGGUUCUGCUUUUAACGACUCGUUGUGGACGUUUGUGGAGUCCGUUUUCUUUCUUUGAUAUAUCUACGACGGCGUGCGGCGAAACGUGUUUCUGUACGAGAGGAAACAGGAAGUGUAGACGGCUUCUCUCCUAUAACCAGGCGAAGUGUCGGCUCCGUUAGCAAACGGCAGGCGACGUCACAGCGGGGUCAAAUCCUCGUCUAUUAAGACACGUUUACAACAGGAAAUGGAUCACAAGUCGCUCAAUUAACACUUAUUUUUAUUGAUUCGUUGACAGAUGUGUUUCUCAAAGACUCAUUUAGUCUCUGAAAGUCACAAAUAUGAAAAAACAAACAAAUGUUCGUCACAACUUUGACUUCAUGUUGAUUAUUUUGUCAGAAAAAUGUUCCAAAAGUGCUCAAAUGCCAACGAUAAGAAGCACAUUUGAGAACCUGUAACCAGCAAUUAUUUGGUACAUUUACUUGAAAAAUGACUUAAUGUUUUUGUGAUAAUCAGCAGAUUAAUUUUCUUUUGCGCAGCUACCUGAAACUUUUAGAAAACACUGACUUUAAUGUGUCAAACUGCCUGUGAGUGACGGUGAAUCACAGCGUCGGUCUGAGACCAUUAGCUGGAUUUAAUCGCCCCCCCACGCAAACGUUCACAGCAACACUUACAAUGUGACAAAUAUAAUUACUUAAACAAAUAAAAGAAAAUGUAUUAAUCUGGUAAAACUUUAUUUUACUUGAAAAACGACUUAAACCAAAAGAAUUCAGAAAAAAAGUACCACUUUAUUCUCAUUAGAGAACAGCUUGUGAGUAAAGUCAGAAAUAUUAUCAUGAAAUAACUUUUCUCCUCCAAAUUUUCUGUGGCUCAGCUGACUGAUUGAUCAGUAAUAAGUGAUCAAUCAGCCCAGCUGGGUUACCGCAUUACGUCCGAUCGGCUGCGUCGCAAUUAGGUUCAGUUUAUGACGAUUUAUAGAUAAAAUUAAAAAAAGUUGAUCGUUUCCUUUAAACAUUAUAAUAAAUUGAGGAUAUCAGAUCAAAGUUAACAAGAGUUUGAAUCUCGGAAAUGAAUUCAUGCGAGUCAAGUUUGUGUUUCGAUCGGGUCCCAAAGUUUCGAGCCGUGAAGACGGCUGCGGUUCAGUCGGUGCUAACGAAGGACUGAGGCUCAAAACAGACGUAGUUAGUAAAAAAAACUAACGAGGAACGAAUGAAGUUCUUACCGUUUGUGAGUUUGUUUGUUCAGGUUCUUUUGAAUUUCACACCGGUGAUGGACGACACCCCGACCUGGCAGACGGCGUCUGCAUUUUAAUAAAUCGGCGCCGCCGUGUGACGAUUCGUACGGUCGACGACUUUUCACCAAAUUAAAAACAAAAAGAAGAAAAAGAACUCACAGAAACCCAGCUUUGACUUUCUACUGGCUUUUGUUUAAAAGCUGCGACUCACAAACUGGAAGUGACUUGAAAAACGACUAAAGUAUCAACAGUGAAGAUGAUUUUUAAGGGAAACUGGAAUAAAAAGCCCAAAACAGGAAGUUACGAAAGGAAGCGACCUGAUUGGAUCCACAUGUGGACAGAUGUGGCUUUUUUCUCCCUCUGUGCUCCUGAAGCCUUAAAUCUGACUGUGUGUGUAACUUUAAUGUUUCUUCUUUCACUUCACGUUCAUUUAAACUAAUUCUGUCAGAAACAACCAGCUGAGGCUUCCAAAGAUCCGUAUUAUUCAGUGUUCAACAGCAAAAACGCCAGAAUCUUUCUACACGAUCAGCCGAAACGGCAAAAAUAACAAACGUUCCCAAACUCGUGUCUUCAGCUUCUUUACACUUUCAAAGAUGCGAUUAACCAGAUAAUUAAUCGUUCGUGGAUUAAUCGAGCAGAUUGACAGAAAAUGUAGAAACAAAGUUCAUAAAACUCAAUUCUCAAAUGUAAAACUAAAUAAUCUACAGUAAGAAUUGACAGUAUUACAAGUUAGACCUGAAUCCUACUAUUAUGAUUUUCACUGAGAUGUUUAAGUUUAAUACGUAAUAUUUUGAGAAAGUAACUGAAAAGGCACUCGUAAUAUAUCAAUUCUACUCAGAUAAUUGAGUAUUAAAAAUUUCCAACUUUUGUCAAAAUCUCAAAGUUCGGCUUGUAACGUUUUGACUUUUUUUUAAGUUUUAUCCCCCAAAUAACUCGUCGCACUUUGGGAACUUUCUGAUGAGCGUUUUUUCACUUUUUUGGACACUUUUAAAAACGAUUUCUUGAGAAAAUAAUAAUAUCAGCUUGUGACGAAAACGAUUGAACCCUAAUGUUGCUUUUUGAUAAAUGACUGAAUUAUUUAUCAAUCAUCAGAUAAAUACUAAGAUUGCAUGAAUAUGAAAACGCUUCUCAGAAUUUCUCCUGGAAACGUUUAUCAUCAUCGAGGAAGCAACACGAAAAUACCGUUAAAUGCAGAUUAUUGUAAAUACAUUUGACAUUUUUAAAUUUAUGGACCGAGGAAAAUAAGUAACCACAGAACGUUUAGUAAACAGUGAGGGUCGAUUAAUCACAUUGUUUGAUCAGUUCUUUUAGUUUAUACAAAUGUCCAGAGGUAGUGAACAUGCAUCACACGUCUCCAGGUAAGAUGGAGUCUCAGAUUCACCGCUGGGGACAAAAUAUCGACGAUUUCGAGAAAUAAAGUCAAAAUGUUGUUUCGAGAAUCGAUAAGUGACUCAUUAAACUCGGUUUCAGUCGCUGAUUUUGUAGAAGAUUUUGGUGUCUCACGCUUUCAUGACUUAACGGUGAAACACGAGUCGACGUCCGAGGAGUUCAGGCACAAGCUUGAAGUCAGUGAGCUGCCGUUGUUAUUGAUCAGUUAUUAUCAGCGAUUGAUUUGCACUCAGACGAAGCCAUCCUCGAUCAAAGUCAGUCCACAGUGUUUUUUUCCUCCUCCGUCGUAUUUAAGCAGCGAAUAUUCCACAGGGCACUCUGUCAGUGUUAACGAUGUAGUUUAGUUCCUCCAGCUGAAUGUAUCCACGCUGAUCAAUAGCAAAGACGGCUUUAACUGAGGAACGCUUGACGAGCAGAGUGACAGUUUGCACUGUAAAACGCUUUUAGACCCUUUUUGUUAAAACUUAGUCGGCGUGUUUUCUCAUCACGGCUUUUGUACACAGACAGUUAAUGUGCGUGUUGUCGUCAUACUUCUGUUGCUUUGUUUCCAACCUGUAUGUACAUUAUCCUGUAUUUAUUUAUUGAAAUACACAUUACCAGAAAAAAAAACCAUGCUUGUGGAUUUUUCCUGAUUCCUGCUUCAGUUUAAGAAAGUUAAACACGAUUACGGGCUUCGCUUAUAUAAGAUUCAUCACGACUGCCCUGAGCGGGCCUCUGGCGCCACCUUCAGGACAAACUUUACACCUGUAAACUCCACUCCAGGUAAGACUAAGAACAGAUAAAUCAUCAGGAUGUUGUUUAUGUCCAACACUUUAUACUAUUAAUUGUUUUUAUUACUGGAAGUUACACUUCAAAAUAAAUAAACGGAUGUGGAGACUUAGUCCAGCAGUAAAGUAUCAGAAGGGAACAUUUCCAUUUUUAAAACAAGACUAAAUGUGUCCAUAUACAGUAUGUACUACAUACAAAUCGUUCUGUUUUAGCAGUUUUUGGGUCUCUAAUUAAUAUUAAAAGAGUCCGGUCUCGACCUGUUCUGUAGGAAAAGUGCAGUGAGAUAACUUCUGUUAUGAAUUGGCGCUGUAUAAAUAAAGUUGAAUUAAAAAACUUACUUAACCGCUUUAUACAAACAGGAAAUUAAACAUUACAUCAGACCUC